AUGUGGAACACAUUGGCUUUGAUUGCCUUGACUGCUGCAUUCUUAACUGCAGAUGCACGCGAGAUUAGUUUCCCACCCCUUUCCGGAUUUACCUCGGAUCAAGCUGCAAUGGGUAUACUGUCCCCAGAUAUCACUCAAGCCAAGUUUGGGGGCCUGACGACAUAUGCGAAUCUGCCUUACGUACAUUGUCUAGCCCAAGAGAGCGAAGAUGCUGAGAAGUUCGACAUCGCAGUUUUGGGUGCUCCGUUCGAUACUGCAAUCACAGCACGUCCCGGAGCGCGGUUCGGGUCGAGUGGUAUCCGGCGUGGCUCGCAAAGGAUAGCACCUCACACAGCUUGGAGCAUAUACACAGGACAGAACAUAUUUACCGACUGGGCCAAAAUCGUAGAUUGUGGAGAUGCACCAUUAACCUUCCUUGACAACACCGUCGCCUUGAAACAGCUUGACAAAGCGCACAAAGUGAUUUCGGCAAGGAAGACCAAUUCAAGCGACUUCACUGUUCCACGCAUUGUAACACUUGGUGGAGACCACACUACCACACUUUCAGCUUUACGAUCGACGAGCGGGCAUUGGGGCCCAGUCAGUGUCAUCCACUUUGACUCACACAUAGAUACCUGGGAUCCAGAAGUGCUUGGCGGAGGCAUCUCUCAUUACGCAGGUGUCAACCAUGGAACGUUUUUGCACAUUGCUCACGAGGAAGGCUUAAUCCGUAACACAUCCAUUCACGCCGGAAUCCGAGCACCAGUUAUUCGUCCUAAGGGCGACGUGCGUAAUGACGUUAGGUGCGGCUUCGAGAUGAUACGAGCACGGGAUAUCGAUCGUUUAGGCGUAUCAGGUGUUAUUGAAGCCUUGAAGAAGCGGGUGGCCGGAACAAAAGUCUAUAUCAGCGUGGAUAUAGAUGUUCUGGACCCAGCCUUCGCACCCGCUACGGGUACCGCUGAGGUUGGAGGAUGGACCACCCGCGAGCUUCUGUCCAUUCUUGAUGGCCUUGAAGGACUGGAGCUCGUGGGAGCUGAUGUUGUGGAAGUUGCGCCAAUUUAUGACAAUCCAGGAGAGACGACAGUGUUGGCUGCUGCCGAAGUCGUUCUUUCGCUACUCACGUUGAUGGUCAAUAAGCCUGUACAGGCAGAGAUAUGA